GCGAGAAACCACUGUGGAUGAUUCUUUGACUCUCGACCUGACCUUCUGUCGCCAACCCUUUUCGACUAUCCGACAAACCCGUGAUAUUCAGCCAUCAUGUCUAAGAGAGGUCGUGGCGGUGCCGCCGGCAACAAGCUUAAGAUGACCCUCGGUCUGCCUGUUGGCGCCGUGAUGAAUUGCUGCGACAACUCUGGUGCUCGCAACCUGUACAUCAUUGCCGUCGCCGGUACCGGUGCCCGUCUGAACCGUCUCCCGGCUGCCGGUGUCGGUGACAUGGUUAUGGCCACCGUCAAGAAGGGAAAGCCUGAGCUCCGUAAGAAGGUUAUGCCCGCCGUUGUCGUCCGUCAGAGCAAGCCCUGGCGCCGGGCUGACGGUAUCUACCUGUACUUCGAGGACAAUGCUGGUGUUAUCGUCAACAACAAGGGUGAGAUGAAGGGUUCCGCCAUUACCGGUCCCGUCGGUAAGGAGGCUGCUGAGCUUUGGCCCCGUAUUGCCUCCAACGCUGGUGUUGUCAUGUAAAGAGAUUGAACCGAAUAAAACAACCAAAAAUGAACGAUACCAUCCAAACCUGAACUCUUUGGGACCUGGGAAACGGCGUGCAUACGAGACAUAUAGUGGAGAAUAAGGGAAAGGCGGAGGUCCAUUUUGACGACUCUACCUGUGUUAUUUCGAGCCGGUUUUCCUUCCCAAUUCGUGUUUUUUCCUCUUUGAACACUGG